AUGGGGCAACAAACUUUGAUCUAUAGCUUUGUGGCUCGUGGAACCGUAGUUCUUGCAGAAUAUACAGAAUUUUCUGGAAACUUUUCAACUAUUGCAUCUCAAUGUUUACAAAAGCUUCCUUCUUCUAAUAACAGAUUCACCUACAAUUGUGAUGGCCACACUUUCAAUUACCUUGUUGAUAAUGGCUUCACGUAUUGCGUGGUGGCAGUUGAAUCUGCUGGUAGACAGAUUCCUAUUGCUUAUCUUGAGCGUGUCAAGGAAGAAUUCAGCAAGAAAUAUGGUGGUGGCAAAGCCGCAACGGCUACAGCUCAUAGCCUUAACAAAGAAUACGGGCCUAAAUUAAAGCAACAAAUGCAAUAUUGUAUUGAUCAUCCUGAAGAGAUUAACAAGCUUGCUAAAGUGAAGGCUCAAGUUUCUGAAGUUAAGGGUGUUAUGAUGGAAAACAUUGAAAAGGUUCUUGAUCGUGGAGAAAAGAUUGAGAUGCUAGUGGAUAAGACCGACAACCUUCGAUCACAAGCACAAGAUUUUAGAACGCAGGGAACAAAGAUGAAAAGAAAGAUGUGGGUUCAAAAUAUGAAAGUCAAAUUAAUUGCUUUUGGUAUUGGCAUUGCAAUAGUUUUGAUGAUAUUUAUGUCAAUAUGUCGUGGCUUUAGUUGCUUGAAAUAG